GCUGUAAUGUAACAAAACACUGUCUCUGAGAGACCUCCACUUAUAUUAAGUAUCAGAGCUUCCACGUUCCCCCAACAGCUAAGCUGAGUGCACCCGACGGCGAUGGCGUUCGUCCUCCACGAACGCCUCCUUCUCUUCCUCGUACUCUUCCCUUCCCUCGCCGCUCCUUCUCGCGUUCCAGCAGUGAUCGUCUUCGGCGACUCGACCGUCGACGCCGGCAACAACAACUUCAUCCCCACCAUCGCCAGGGCCAACUUCCCGCCCUACGGCCGGGACUUCCCCGGCGGCCGCGCCACCGGUCGCUUCUGCAACGGCCGUCUCGCCACCGACUUCAUCUCAGAGGCUCUCGGCCUACCGUCGAUCGUGCCGGCCUAUCUCGACCCGGCCUACGGUAUCAGGGACUUCGCCACUGGCGUGUGCUUUGCGUCGGCGGCCACGGGGCUCGACGCCGCCACCUCCGACGUGCUCUCUGUCAUCCCCCUACGGCAAGAGAUGGAGUUCUUCAAGGAGUACCAGCAGAAACUGGAAGCGUAUGUGGGGAAGACGACGGCCAAUUACAUCAUUAACGAGGCCGUGUACAUCGUCAGCAUCGGCACCAACGACUUCAUCGAGAACUACUACUCGGGGGUGACGGAGCGGAGCGAGCAAUUCACGGUGGAAGAGUACGAGGACUUCCUCAUCCGCCACGCCGCCGACUUCCUCACGGAGCUCCACCGCCUGGGGGCUCGCAAGGUGUCCUUCACCGGUCUCACCCCCUUCGGGUGCUUGCCGUCGGAAAGGACCUCCAACCUCAUGAACCCGGGCGAGUGCAUGGAGGAGUACAACACGGUGGCCAGGGACUUCAACGCUAAGCUGCAGGCACUCACAACGAGGCUGUGCGCGGCGUUGCCGGGGCUGAAGCUGAGACUUGCUCCUUUCUAUGAUCUGUUGCUCCACGUCGUGCAGAACCCGUCCUCAUACGGAUUCGAGGUUGCGAGCAGAGGAUGCUGCGGCACGGGGAAGAUAGAGGCCAGCUAUCUCUGCAACCAAUGGAACCCCUUCACCUGCGAAGACGCAGACAAGUACGCCUUCUGGGAUUCCAUCCAUCCCUCCGAGAGAUUGAACCGUCUGUGCGCCAACCAGACGCUGAGGACAAGCCUGGCUGAGUUCGUGUGAGCUCCUGCCUUCUUAUGCACCGUUCGUCAUUACCAUACUGGCACAGACAUGAUAGAGACAUCCAACCAUCGUCAAUGUGUACUUCAGUGACUGAUCGUGAAUUCUUUGAGAAGCCUACAAUAAUUAGUUCAUGGAAAAUGUAAUUUCUUCUACUGUUUCCUCAUCAAAUAACUGUACUCUGCAGCCUGGGCUGUCUUAUAUGGUUACUACUAAAUGCUUGAUCAAGCAGACGACUCUUCACCAA